UUCAUCUUUAUCUCAAUGUUUAUUUUACCGAAGUAUAGUUUUUUCUUCCGCACUGUGGGAACCCGGUUAGUACCAUUUUGUCUUUCCGAUUUACGCGAAUUUAAAAUUUCUACGACGCAUUUGGCCGUUUUAUGAUGAUGAAUUGGGUGGCUUCUGUCAAUAGCGAAGCACUUAUAAAAGCUAAGAAAUUUCGUCUGUAAAUAUCUAAAUGAAUAAAUAAUUAUCGUUCACUAGAGCGGCAUGCUAAAAAGAUUUCUGGUGAUCUACUGUGGAUUGUAAUCUCUUGAUCAGUAUUAGAUUAAUACUAAGGUUCUAGACAGAGCUUUAAUAAAUUCCUUUGAAAAAGAAUAUAAAAAACUCAAUCUGCUCACCGUAUGUCCUAUUGGUUGGGUAUAAAAAAUUAAGAAUGGGUAAACUAAGGAUUCAACCUAUUAUGAUAAAUAAUUCAAAACAAAUGUUUUUCCUAAUAGAGUAUUCCUUGCCAGCCUUGAAUUCUGGUGUGCAUUUUUCCAUUUUGUCUUCUUUUAACUUUUACUAUUAGUGUCCUAUAAUUCCGCCGUUUUGUAAAAUCAAUGAAGUCGACUUGCGGUUAUACGCUAACGUUUUAUUGAUAUCCAAGUUAAAUUUUUAACCACUAAGAUGAAAUAUUUGGCAUUGCCGAAUGGUAUUUCUCUUUAUAAUUCAAUUGGUGUUUUCGCCAUAACGCGACGUGCAAACCUCCUCCAUAUUAGAAUUGAAAAACUCGAUGAAAACACGCUCCGCAGGCCUGGCAUUGUUUUGACCUGCUCACAUUAAGUUUUGGUAAAUAAGUCUUAGUGGAGAAUCCUGUGCGAUUAUCUCAAGUGGCAGGAGGGGAGAAAAGGGAGACAAAAGAGGGCUGAAUCACACCUUUCAUCCUUUGUGAUCAGCAAGCUCACUAAACUAACGGAGUCCUGUUCAGAUUGCUGUCAGAAUGUCGCACCAGACGAGUUGUUGAACGAAGAUGCUGAAAGCGCUGUUGUAUUUGGUUUUGCUGUCCACGGAUCUAGUGCUCGCAAGCAGUAACGAGAACUCGACGAGUGUCGAUUUUCGCAGGAGCGCCGAUGAUGAAUUGAUUCCGACCACAAGUUCGUUCGUCAGCACCACAGAGAGGCUGAACAGCACAACGUCCGGGGAUGUGUACUUUAGCAGUGUGUCCCCAGGGUACUCCCCCAACGGCAGCCACCACAGACCCACCGGACCCUACACGGGGCCCACUGCCAAGAGCAACAGCACGGAGGAACUGUUACCGUACAUCCUGAACAUGAUUAAGACCAAGUCAGACAGCAGGCUAAGGCCGAAGAUAGGGCGAGAUCCAGUCAUCGUGUACACAGAUAUGUUCGUUUUGGACAUCGGGGACAUCAGUGAAGCAGAUAUGGAGUUCCGCGUGAUGUUUUUCUACCGCCAGUACUGGCAGGACACUCGCCUCGCGUAUGAUUACACGGGCUACAACAAACGGCUUGCUCUGAAUGCCAGGAUGGUCGAUUACAUGUGGAUACCAGACAUCUACUUUGUGAACGAGAAAUCCGGCAUAAAGCACGAUUUGACGAAACAGAACGAAGUCGUGCGUGUUUGGCCGGAUGGCAGGGUCUUCCAUAGCAUUAGGCUAUCGAUGACGGCUUCGUGUCCAAUGAAGCUCCACAGCUACCCCAUGGACAAGCAGACAUGCAAGCUGUCCUUUGAGAGCUUCAGUUAUCCGUCGACCGAGCUAAUUUUUAAGUGGAACAAGAACAGAGGGAACAAGGAAGUUCAAGUGUCGGACGAGCUUCAAAUCCCCCAGUUCAUUCUGACAGAGUACAAGACCACGUCUGAAUUUGCGAAUUUUACCACAGGUUCAUACUCACGUCUGACAGUGCUGUUCCGGUUCGAGCGAAGCAUCGGAUUCUUCUUGAUCCAGACAUACAUCCCGGCUUACCUCAUUGUCAUGCUCAGCUGGAUCGCAUUCUGGAUCAACCACACGUCUACACCCGCGAGGAUAGGCCUGGGAAUAACAACCGUGCUCACCAUGACAACGCUGACGAACAGUGCGCGCGCAUCACUACCCAAGGUGAGCUAUGUCAAGUCCAUCGAGUGGUUUCUCAUCAUGUGCUUCUUGUACGUCUUCAUGUCCCUCGUCGAGUACGGCUGCGUCUCUUAUGAAGUCAACCGGAAGCUCAAGAAAGGAGUUCGACUUCCGGUUGAAGCUGAGCAAGAGCAGCAAACUAAAGAGCCAGAGAAACAGCAAAAUGUGAUGUACGUAAUGGACAAGGAGCAAAGCGCUAACGGAAACAGCAAACUAAGACCGGUCUUUUCCUUUCGCUCGCGACAGAAAGCAACGCAACUGAUUAAGCAGAGAUCAUUCUCGCAGAAGGAGAUUGAGGGCAUGGAGCCACUGACGGACAGGUACUGCCGGGUGCUCUUUCCUGUCUCCUUCUUAGUCUUCAAUAUCAUCUACUGGAUUCUCUCUUACAACGGGGUCAGCCCUUAGCCCGCGGGAUCAACCCGUAGGUCGAUGAUAGGGUUGGUCUGCUUUAUAAAGAUCAUCCAGGAGGUGAAAACCGCUAUGAUCUGCGCACAUCUCGCUUUGCCUUGCUUAAAGGGGAUCGUCAGGCGUUUACCGUGGGCCACGGUUUAUCCUAUACCCCACCCCCUAUUAGAGGAGAGCUGGAACCUAGCCUGCCACUUCCCACACGUAGUUCUCAUUCAUGGUCACCCACCUGAUGCGUUCUAAGAAAAAGAGAGUUCAUGGUACUAUUGGUUAUCCACCCAAUGUAUUCUAAGAAAAUAAGAGUUACUGCUGGUUAUCCACCCGAUACAUUCUAAGAAAAAGAGAGUUACUGUUGGAUAUCCACCCGAUACAUUCUAAGAAAAAGAGAGUUACUGUUGGAUAUCCACCCGAUACAUUC